AGAGCCGGACUGGUGGUUGGAUUUACGAGAGCAAAACUGGUCAGUCUUGUGAAGACUGGCCAUGAUGGAGCCGGAGUGGUGGAGACGUCGUUUGGUGAAGGGUCGCCAUGCAGGGCUUGCGUCACCGCGGCCAGGGCUCAGGGCACCGCGGCCAGGGCUCAGGGCACUGCAGUCAGGGCUCAGGGCUCAGGGAACCGCGGCCAGGGCUCCGGGAACCGCGGUCAGGGCUCAGGGCACUGCGGCCAGGCCUCAGGGCACUGCGGCCAGGCCUCAGAGCACUGCGGUCAGGGCUCAGGGAACGCGGCCAGGGCUCAGGGCACUGUGGUCAGGGCUCAGGGCACUGCAGUCAGGGCUCAGGGCACCGUGGCCUGGGCUCAGGGCACCGCAGCCAGGGCUCAGGGCACUGCGGCAAGGCCUCAGGGCACUGCGGCCAGGCCUCAGGGCACUGUGGUCAGGGCUCAGGGCACCGCGGCCAGGGCUCUGCAGUCAGGGCACUGCGGUCAGGGCUCAGGGCACUGCGGUCAGGGCUCAGGACACCGCGGUCAGGGCUCAGGGCACUGCGGCCAGGCCUCAGGGCACCACGGCCAGGGCACUGCGGCCAGGGCUCAGGGCACUGCGGCCAAGGCUCAGGGCACCGCGGUCAGGGCUCAGGGCACCGCGGCCAGGGCUCAGGGCACCGCGGCCAGGGCCCAGGGCACUGCGGCCAAGGCUCAGGGCACCGCGGUGUUCACACUCUCGCAGGUGGUGCUCAUAGCGGUGUCCGUCGCUCUCAUCACAGGUUCUGUAACUCCGCUGCUCAACUGUUGUUUCCAUCCCGAAUCGCCAUGGAUUUUUGUAUCCAAGACGGAUUCUUGCUAUUACUGA